AUGAUGUUGUGCUCGUAUGUUACUUUGCAGCAACAAAAGAAUCUGGAGGGAUAUGUGGGCUUUGCUAGCCUUCCCAACCAAGUGUACAGAAAGUCUGUGAAGAGAGGCUUUGAAUUCACCCUGAUGGUUGUGGGUAAGAAAAUGCUAUUCAUAUAUUGAGGUCAUGGUUCAACAGAGUCAUUUUUUCAGUCAUUUCAGUUUACACAAUACAGUUUACCAGUUAAAGCUGUAAAUGGUAAGUUAGAUUUGGAGACAGGAAUAUAUGUGUGUGACCACAUUUGUGUACAAGCAAAGUGCGUGUGUGUGUCUGUGAUUUUAACCUCCUCGAGUCAGGAGAGGGAAGAUAACCUCUCUCGUUUACUUUUUUUCACAUCCUGCUUAUUAAAAUAGCAUUAUUUUGAUUGGAUUUAUUCAAAACUGUGCAGUAUUAUAAAAAAUACAAGAGUGCUGUUGAAGUACUUGGAUGUGGUCGUUGAACUCGGCAAGGACCUUCAUUUGCUAAUCAGUCACUGUUUGGAGGGAAAAUGUUUCUUUGGGUCAAACCAUUUCCUGUGGUCGGCAUAGCAGAAUUGGUCCCUCACUGCUAAAAAUAGUUCGUAUCGCAUUUCAUCUGAACAGCAGCCUCUUUCUGAGCCAGUCAUGGGUUUAUGAUUGAUCAAUUUAAGAAGUUAGGCUACACUCCUCAUUCUAUCUAAACAUGUCUGCCUUGCCAGGCACUCGCAUGCAACUGGGUUCCUCUUAAACAAGUCAUGAUUUACCCUGCUGUAUAAAAUGUCCUUUAAAGGCAGUGUGUUGGAUGGUGCCCAAGUUGGCUGUUGGGGCCCAAAAAUGCCUUGAAUAAUUUGCCAGCCUGAUUGCUGCAAUAAUAAUAAUAUGAUUUUAAAGUCCUAUUUCUGGGAAUGCAAACGCAUCACAAACGAUGCAUACUGUGCAUAUGUGAAGUAGGUUAGUUUAUAUCAAUACACCAGUGUUUUCCAUGUAACAUGACAGGUUGGAGUGCUGCGCUCAGCGAGGCAUAGUGUGCUGUGUCAGUCACUGCUGAUAACGCUAGCCCUUUCUCACACUACACCACCAGUGACCUAAACCAGCAGGGACAUGUGGGCUCAAAGCUCCGCCUACUGCUGAGGCAAUGUGUAUGUAACAGUGUACGAGACUGAUAUUGCUGAAUUAGUAAACAGUAAAACUAUCAACCAUUUUCUUUUUUGCUGUAGAUGUUGUAUUAAAAUGUACAUUAAUGUAUACAAAAUCCACAGCAAAAAAUAAAAUGGAAUUAGCAAACAGUCAAACUAUCAACCAUUUUAUUUUUUGCUGUGGAUUUUGUAUACAUUAAUGUACACUUUAAUACAACAUCUACAGCAAAAAAGAAAAUGGUUGAUAGUUUUACUGUUUACUAAUUCAGCAAUAUCACUCUCGUACACUGUUACAUACACACUGCCUCAGCAGUAGGCGGAGCUAGCUCCUCUACUCAGUCCUGAAGAGCAGUGCCUGGCAGUGUGACUGGCACAGCAGUGACUGGCACAGCACACUAUGCCUCGCUGAGCGCAGCACGCCAACCUGUCCCGUUACCUGGAAAACACUGGUGUAUUGAUAGAAACUAGCCAUCCAUAUUCAUAGGAGUAUGAAGAUGGGUAUUGAAAUGCACAUUGUCAAGUGCAGUCACUCAACACAGAAAUGAUAGCUCUCAACUCCCAAUACUGUAGCCUGUAAAUGGCAGCUCGUUGACGAUCGAGCCGUAGCCCCCAGCCAGUGAGGUCAGUGCCAGUGGUAAUUUCCACUGCCCUAAUGAUUCCAUUCACCAGGAGCAUGGAGACCAGGAACACAAUGGUUAGCCAUACUGGAGAAACGGGACCACACAGCCAGCAUAAGAGGCAUUCUCUAGCCAUGUUCAGACUAGAAGCUGUUGUCCUAUCCCUUUACACAAUCAUUCAGAUGGAUGGUCGUCUUGGACAAAUGUCAAUGGCCCUCAAUCAAAGACAUGACCUUUGAUGGGAUUUAUUGGCUGGUCUUUAUUAGAUGCUUCUACAGUACUAUUGGAUGCCUCUAAAGUUGCAUGACUGGCUAUCACACAGUGGGAUGUACCCGUUUUCAACAUGUAUGGUUAGCUGUUUAUAAUGUCAGUGUUCCCCUAUAUCUUUAAAUGUUGUUCUUGCUGAUAUAGCUACAUUGUAUACUGUGCACACUAGGCCUAUAUGUUGAUUGAAUUGCAUUGAUUCACUCAUUUAAAAUGACACUGAUGGACAAUGACCCUAAUGUAGCAACACUGCCAUUAGGCUAUAUGAUCCAUGAUUUAUAUAUAUUUUUUUAAAGAUUCAGUUUUAUUGCAACAGUUUUUUUCUUUCUUCUAGGUGAAUCAGGAUUGGGCAAGUCCACGUUGAUCAACUCUCUGUUCCUAACAGACUUGUACUCUUCAGAAUACCCUGGGCCUUCACACAGAGUCAAAAAGACUGUACAGGUAGUUUAAAACACUUCUGCAUAACAGUCCUGUAUUCUCUUGUUGAAUAUCCUUCUUCCACUGAUGACCAUGUUAGUUUGCCUCAGUGUUGAUACCUUGGCAUUUGAAACACAUUCUGCGAUAUAGAGCAGACUAAAGUAUUCAUACCCCUUGACUUAUUCCACAUUUUGUGUUACAGCCUGAAUUCAAAAUGGAUGAAAUCGAUUUUUUUGUUUGUAUUAUCUUUUACCAGAUCUAAUGUGUUAUAUUCUCCUACAUUAAUUUCACAUUUCCCCAAACUUCAAAGUGUUUCCUUUCAAAUGGUAUCAAGAAUAUGCAUAUUCUUGGUUCAGGUCCUGAGCUACAGGCAGUUAGAUUUGGGUAUGCCAUUUAGGCAAAAAUUUAAAAAAAAAAAAAAAAAAAAAAAAAAGGGUCUGAUCCUUAAGAGGUUAAGUCAAAACUGUAACUCGGCCACUCCAGUGUAAGCAACUCCAGUGUAGAGUUGGCCUUGUGUUUUAGGUUAUUGUCCUGCUGAAAGGUGAAUUAAUCUCUGUGUCUGGUGGAAAGCAGACUGAACCAGGUUUCCCUCUAGGAUUUUGCCUGCACUUAGCUCUAUUCCUUUUUUUUUUUAUCCUGAAAAACUCCCCAGUCCUUAACAACUACAAGCAUAGCCAUAACAUGAUACAGCCACCACUAUGCUUAAAAAUAUUGAGAGUGGUACUCAGUAAUGUGUUGUAUUGGAUUUGCCCCAAACAUAACACUUUGUAUUCAAGACAAAAAGUUAAUUGCUUUACCACAUUUUUUGCAGUAUUACUUUAGUGCCAGGAUGCAUGUUUUUGAAUAUCUUUAUUCUGUACAGGCUUCCUUCUUUUCACUCUGUCAUUUAGGUUAGUAUUGUGGAGUAACUACAAUGUUGUUGAUCCAUCCUCAGUUUUCUCCUAUCACAGCCAUUUAAAUGCUGUAACUGUUUUAAAGUCACCUCUCUGGCAACUGAGUUAGGAAGGACGCCUGUAUCUUUUUAGUGACUGGGUGUAAUGAAACACCAUCCAAAGAGCAAUUAAUAACUUCACCAUGCUCAAAUGGCUAUUCAAUGGCUGUUUUUUUAUUUUUUACCCAUCUACGAAUAGGUGCCCUUUGCAAGGCAUUGGAAAACCUCUUUGUGGUUGAAUCUGUGUUUGAAAUUCACUGCACGACUUGAGACGUUUCAGCUUUUCAUUUAUUUAAUUAAUUUGUAAAAAGUUCAAACAACAUUGUUCCACUAUGACAUUAAGGGGUAUUGUGUGUAGACUUCUGACAAAAAUGUAAUUCAUUUUAAAUUCAGGCUGUAACACAACAACAUUUGGAAAAUAGCAAGGGGUGUUAAUACUUUCUGAAGGCACUGUAUGUCAUUUAGUCCAGAAACUUGCUCUACUCGGUCUCCAAAACAUAACGUUAUCUCGACACAGAUGCUCGUCUGUUUUUCUGGUUCCUCUGCAUUGUUAGGUAAUAGUACAGUGUUGGGCUGCAUGUUGAUACAUGCAGCUAGAAUGAGAGUCACCCACUGGCCUCAAUGUGUGAUACACACAUUUAGACUAGUAAUUGGGGACAAGUUGUCUUCCUGAGAAGUUGUUUUGGUACUCUUCUUUCCCUUCAUUCUCUUCUGUGUUGUUGCAAACACUCUUGUGGAGACAGGUGUUUGCUCAACACAGUGGGGCCUGCGUUGUUGUCCAAAAGUUAAACAACCAGAAGUGUAGUGAGUGCUUAAUAUUCUUACGACAAUUCUUAGGAAAGUUGUAUUGUUCACUGUCAUACACCAAGUAUGAACAGUAACAGUAUGCAUUUAGACAAGACAACUAUUGAAUGCUAAUACAAUUAUCUAUUUCCCAGGUAGAGCAAUCCAAAGUGUUAGUAAAGGAAGGUGGUGUCCAGCUCCUGCUCACUAUAGUUGACACCCCAGGAUUCGGCGACGCUGUGGACAACAGCAACUGGUAUGCAAAGCUUGACAACUCCUCCAUUUUGGCUCCAAUAAAUGCAUUGAUCUUGACACAUUUGACAGCCAUUUCGGCUCAUAGCUUGCAAACAGGUUUCCAGGAAGUAGCAUCCAUUCUGGCUCAAUGUGUGUGGGUUUGUUUCCUCCCUGGGGCUGUGUUCCAUGCAGCUGGCAGCCGGUCAUCGACCACAUAGACAGCAAGUUUGAGGAUUACCUCAACUGUGAGUCGCGGGUGAACAGACGACUGAUGCCCGACAGCAGAGUGCAGUGCUGCCUCUACUUCAUCGCCCCCUCGGGACACGGGUGAGUCUGGGAGGGGGGAGAAAGAGAGGUUGGACAGUGUGAAUGAAGGGGGAGGGCUUCUUAUGAUUUAAUAAGAUUUCACAAGUGUAAAGUAGAAUACUCCAUAUUAGAAAUUCCAUUCAUUUUUGGCUACUGCCUCUUAUAGCCUUUCUCUCUUUAGGGUUGUUUUGCAAUAUACAGUGGGGAGAACAAGUAUUUGAUACACUGCCGAUUUUGCAGGUUUUCCUACUUACAAAGCAUGUAGAGGUCUAUACUUUUUAUCAUAGGUACACUUCAACUGUGAGAGACGGAAUCUAAAACAAAAAUCCAGAAAAUCACAUUGUAUGAUUUCUAAGUAAUUCAUUUGCAUUUUAUUGCAUGACAUAAGUAUUUCAUACAUCAGAAAAGCAGAACUUAAUAUUUGGUACAGAAACCUUUGUUUGCAAUUACAGAGAUCAUACGUUUCCUGUAGGUCUUGACCAGGUUUGCACACACUGCAGCAGGGAUUUUGGCCCACUCCUCCAUACAGACCUUCUCCAGAUCCUUCAGGUUUCGGGGCUGUCGCUGGGCAAUACGGACUUUCAGCUCCCUCCAAAGAUUUUCUAUUGGGUUCAGGUCUGGAGACUGGCUAGGCCACUCCAGGACCUUGAGAUGCUUCUUACGGAGCCACUCCUUAGUUGCCCUGGCUGUGUGUUUCGGGUCGUUGUCAUGCUGGAAGACCCAGCCACGACCCAUCUUCAAUGCUCUUACUGAGGGAAGGAGGUUGUUGGCCAAGAUCUCGCGAUACAUGGCCCCAUCCAUCCUCCCCUCAAUAAGGUGCAGUCGUCCUGUCCCCUUUGCAGAAAAGCAUCCCCAAAGAAUGAUGUUUCCACCUCCAUGCUUCACGGUUGGGAUGGUGUUCUUGGGGUUGUACUCAUCCUUCUUCUUCCUCCAAACACGGCGAGUGGAGUUUAGACCAAAAAGCUAUAUUUUUGUCUCAUCAGACCACAUGACCUUCUCCCAUUCCUCCUCUGGAUCAUCCAGAUGGUCAUUGGCAAACUUCAGACGGGCCUGGACAUGCGCUGGCUUGAGCAGGGGGACCUUGCGUGCGCUGCAGGAUUUUAAUCCAUGACGGCGUAGUGUGUUACUAAUGGUUUUCUUUGAGACUGUGGUCCCAGCUCUCUUCAGGUCAUUGACCAGGUCCUGCCGUGUAGUUCUGGGCUGAUCCCUCACCUUCCUCAUGAUCAUUGAUGCCCCACGAGGUGAGAUCUUGCAUGGAGCCCCUGACCGAGGGUGAUUGACCGUCAUCUUGAACUUCUUCCAUUUUCUAAUAAUUGCGCCAAGAGUUGUUGCCUUCUCACCAAGCUGCUUGCCUAUUGUCCUGUAGCCCAUCCCAGCCUUGUGCAGGUCUACAAUUUUAUCCCUGAUGUCCUUACACAGCUCUCUGGUCUUGGCCAUUGUGGAGAGGUUGGAGUCUGUUUGAUUGAGUGUGUGGACAGGUGUCUUUUAUACAGGUAACGAGUUCAAACAGGUGCAGUUAAUACAGGUAAUGAGUGGAGAACAGGAGGGCUUCUUAAAGAAAAACUAACAGGUCUGUGAGAGACGGAAUUCUUACUGGUUGGUAGGUGAUCAAAUACUUAUGUCAUGCAAUAAAAUGCAAAUUAUUUACUUAAAAAUCAUACAACGUGAUUUUCUGGACUUUUGUUUUAGAUUCCGUCUCUCACAGUUGAAGUGUACCUAUGAUAAAAAUUACAGACCUCUACAUGCUUUGUAAGUAGGAAAACCUGCAAAAUCGGCAGUGUAUCAAAUACUUGUUCUCCACACUGUACAUACAUAGUUGUGUUUCAUAUGACUGAUAGUGCUAAAGGGCAUUGGCUCUCUGUCAGAGAAGGCUGUGUGUAUCGUGGCUGUGGGGUAAAGAGGGUGUGUGUGUGCGUUCACUGUUCAUACUCUGUUCUAUGAGGCAUUGUGUCCAUACAAUCCCCCAGUCAGUGUUGAGACAGGCUCUUAGGAUGAGAAGCUUAUGCUGGCCUCACACACUGACCCCUAACACACACUCUCCUCACAGCACCAGCUGAUAUAGGUCACUCACGCUCUAGUGCCUUGCACAGUGACACUGCUAAUGAGAAACAGCUGGGGAAAGUGUUCUGGACACACAGACCAUACUGUUAUUUGUGUUGUCAUCGUUGAUAAAUUACUUGUUUGUUUACACUACUGGAGCUCCAUUGCAAAAAUGUUUUAUUAGUUAAUAGAAUGAAGGAAAGAAAUGUGAGCUUCGUGGUUUGCUAUUCAAAUACUGGAACUGUCAGGAAUCUGUCCAAAACUACCCCUACCCCACCAUUUAUGGUAUUAAUAAUAACAUUAUUAUUAUUUUGUCAUGUCUCCCUCCAGACUGAAGCCUCUGGAUAUUGAGUUUAUGAAACGGUUGCAUGAGAAGGUGAACGUCAUCCCACUGAUCGCAAAAGCAGACACUCUCACCCCAGAGGAGUGCCAACAGUUCAAGAAGCAGGUCAGUGGGCUCUGUCUGGGGGCUGGGCAUCAAGGGUUUACGCUGACGAAGACUUGAGUGUUGCAGAUAGAAAUGCACAGUUUGGCCAGAAUGGUGGUUACCUAUUCCACAUACUGCUCUGACGAUGCCCUCAAAGUUUCCCCUGGGUAGUACUUUGAUACAGUCUGAAUGGAGUUGAUACCACAUGAUAAAGAACUGUCCUACAUGUCUUGGAUUGUCAUUGGGGUCCUUCUUAAUAAAACAUACUGAACCUUCCCUCUCCUCAGAUCAUGCGGGAAAUCCUGGAGCACAAAAUCAAGAUCUACGAGUUCCCAGAGACGGAUGAUGAGGAAGAGAACAAACUGGUGAAGAAGAUCAAGGUAUGAAACAAAUGUACCGCAUGUUGUUGUAAGCACCAUGCAUGCACCAACGAACUUAGCCAUUUAAACCUUUAGGCACUUAGCUACAUCAGUCCCGCCUGGAUUUUGUUAUAUUGCGAUCGCAAUUGUUUUUGCUAAAUCAACAAUUCCUGCUUAUUAUGCGAGGGCUGCAAAUGACCAAUCACUGUACUAUUACCCAAUAAAACAGUAAAUCAUUGCAAUAUUACCGCAUAGAACUCUCCAGUCAUUUGCAUUUUAAUGAGGGAAAUAAGUAUUUGACCCCCUCUCAAUCAGAAAGAUUUCUGGCUCCCAGGUGUCUUUUAUACAGGUAACGAGCUGAGAUUAGGAGCACACUCUUAAAGGGAGUGCUCCUAAUCUCAGCUUGUUACCUGUAUAAAAGACACCUGUCCACAGAAGCAAUCAAUCAAUCAGAUUCCAAACUCUCCACCAUGGCCAAGACCAAAGAGCUCUCCAAGGAUGUCAGGGACAAGAUUGUAGACCUACACAAGGCUGGAAUGGGCUACAAGAUCAUCGCCAAGCAGCUCGGUGAGAAGGUGACAACAGUUGGUGCGAUUAUUCGCAAAUGGAAGAAACACAAAAUAACUGUCAAUCUCCCUCGGCCUGGGGCUCCAUGCAAGAUCUCACCUCGUGGAGUUGCAAUGAUAAUGAGAACGGUGAGGAAUCAGCCCAGAACUACACGGGAGGAUCUUGUCAAUGAUCUCAAGGCAGCUGGGACCAUAGUCACCAAGAAAACAAUUGGUAACACACUACGCCGUGAAGAACUGAAAUCCUGCAGCGCCCGCAAGGUCCCCCUGCUCAAGAAAGCACAUAUACAUGGCCGUCUGAAGUUUGCCAAUGAACAUCUGAAUGAUUCAGAGGAGAACUGGGUGAAAGUGUUGUGGUCAGAUGAGACCAAAAUCGAGCUCUUUGGCAUCAACUCAACUUGCCGUGUUUGGAGGAGGAGGAAUGCUGCCUAUGACACCAAGAACACCAUCCCCACCGUCAAACAUGGAGGUGGAAACAUUAUGCUUUGGGGGUGUUUUUCUGCUAAGGGGACAGGACAACUUCACCGCAUCAAAGGGACGAUGGACGGGGCCAUGUACCAUCAAAUCUUGAGUGAGAACCUCCUUCCCUCAGCCAGGGCAUUGAAAAUGGGUCGUGGAUGGGUAUUCCAGCAUGACAAUGACCCCAAAGACACGGCCAAGGCAACAAAGGAGUGGCUCAAGUAGAAGCACAUUAAGACUAGCCAGUCUCCAGACCUUAAUCCUAUAGAAAAUCUGUGGAGGGAGCUGAAGGUUCGAGUUGCCAAACGUCAUCCUCGAAACCUUAAUGACUUGGAGAAGAUCUGCAAAGAGGAGUGGGACAAAAUCCCUCCUGAGAUGUGUGCAAACUUGGUGGCCAACUACAAGAAACGUCUGACCUCUGUGAUUGCCAACAAGGGUUUUGCCACCAAGUACUAAGUCAUGUUUUGCAGAGGGGUCAAAUACUUAUUUCCCUCAUUAAAAUGUAAAUCAAUUUAUAACAUUUUUGACAUGUGUUUUUCAGGAUUUUUUUGUUGUUAUUCUGUCUCUCACUGUUCAAAUAAACCUACCAUUAAAAUUAUAGACUGAUCAUGUCUUUGUCAGUGGGCAAACGUACAAAAUCAGCAGGGGAUCAAAUACUUUUUUCCCUCACUGUAUAUACAUACAGUUGAAGUCGAAGUUUACAUACACUUAGAUUGGAGUCAUUAAAACUUGUUUUUCAACCACUCCACACAUUUCUUGUUAACAAGCUAUAGGUUUGGCAAGUCGGUUAGGACAUCUACUUUGUGCAUGACACAAGUAAUUUUUCCAACAAUUGUUUACAGACAGAUUAUUUCACUUAUAAUUCACUGUAUCACAAUUCCAGUGGGUCAGAAGUUAACAUCUAAGUUGACUGUGCCUUUAAACAGCUUGGAAAAUUCCAGAAAAUGAUAUCAUGGCUUUAGAAGCUUCUGAUAGGCUAAUUGACAUCAUUUGAGUCAAUUGGAGGUGUACCUGUGGAUGUAUUUCAAGGCCUACCUUCAAACUCAGUGCCUCUUUGCUUGACAUCAUGGGAAAAUCAAAAGAAAUCAGCCAGAUUUGUAGACCUCCACAAGUCUGGUUCAUCCUUGGGAGCAAUUCCCAAACUCCUGAAGGUACCACGUUCAUCUGUACAAACAAUAGUACGCAAGUAUAAACACCAUGGAACCACGCAGCCGUCAUACCGCUCAGGAAGGAGACGCGUUUUGUCUCCUAGAGAUGAACAUACUUUGGUGUGAAAAGUGCAAAUCAAUCCCAGAACAACAGCAAAGGACCUUGUGAAGAUGCUGGAGGAAACUGGUACAAAAGUAUCUAUAUUAACAAUAAAACGAGUCCUAUAUCGACAUAACCUGAAAGGCCGCUCAGCAAUGAAGAAGCCACUGCUCCAAAACCGCCAUAAAAAAGCCAGACUACGGUUUGCAACUGAACAUGGGGACAAAGAUCGUACUUUUUGGAGAAAUGUCCUCUGGUCUGAUGAAACAAAAAUAUAACUGUUUGGCCAUAAUGACCAUCGUUAUGUUUGGAGGAAAAAGGGGGUCGCUUGCAAGCCGAAGAACACCAUCCCAACCGUGAAGCACGGGGCAGGCAGCAUCAUGCUGUGGGGGUGCUUUGCUGCAGGAGGGACUGGUGGACAUCACAAAAUAGAUGGCAUCAUGAGGAAGGAAAAUUACGUGGAUAUAUUGAAGCAACAUCUCAAGACAUCAGUCAGGAAGUUAAAGCUUGGUCGCAAAUGGGUCUUCUAAAUGGACAAUGACCCCAAGCAUACUUCCAAAGUUGUGGAAAAAUGGCUUAAGGACAACAAAGUCAAGGUAUUGGAGUGGCCAUCACAAAGUCCUGACCUCAAUCCUAUAGAAAAUGUGUGGGCAGAACAGAAAAGGCGUGUGCGAGCAAGGAGGCCUACAAACCUGACUCAGUUACACAAGCUCUGUCAGGAGGAAUGGGCCAAAAUUCAUCCCACUUAUUGUGGGAAACUUGUGGAAGGCCACCCGAAACAUUUGACCCAAGUUAAACAAUUUAAAGGCAAUGCUACCAAAUACUAAUUGAGUGUAUGUACACUUCUGACCCACUGGGAAUGCAAUGAAAUAAAUCAGUCUCUCUACUACUAUUCUGACAUUUCACAUUCUUAAAAUAAAGUGGUGAAUCCUAACUGACCUAAGACGGGGAAUAUUUACUAGGAUUAAAUGUCAGGAAUUGUGAAAAACUGAGUUUAAAUGUAUUUGGCUAAGGUGUAUGUAAACUUCUGACUUCAACUGUACAUACACACAUUCUCUCACACAUCAUUGUGUUAUUUUGCUUGCAGGACCGUCUUCCCCUGGCCGUGGUGGGCAGUAACACCAUCAUCGAGGUGAAUGGGAAAAGGACCAGAGGACGACAGUACCCCUGGGGAGUGGCAGAAGGUACCAGGCAUGAUGGGAGAUGUAGUUUGAUCAGGGAAAAGGACAAUCUAUAGAAAGAGGCUCCUUUAGGAGAGGGGUUUAAAUAUGUAUUGAUUUUCUUUCCUUGCAGUUGAGAACGGAGACCACUGUGAUUUCACCAUCCUACGAGACAUGCUCAUCAGGUACAGACCUUAAAACAUGAAGUUACAAACAUUUAUAGAAAAUGGGGAAAUGACAAUGCAUUUUUUGUAGCAUUGUCAACCACAUUGACCUUAGCCUCAACUUUAAAGGUUUCUAAUACUUGUUUUGUCUGUCUUUCUGUGUGCGUACAGAACCCACAUGCAGGACCUGAAGGACGUGACCAAUAACGUCCACUAUGAAAACUAUCGCAGCAGGAAGCUGGCGGCCGUCACCUACAACGGACAGGACAACAACAGGGUCAAGGGUCAACAGUCGACCAAGUGAGUCCAACAGCUACCAAUGGUUCUCUAUUUAACAAGGCAUAGCCUAACUGUUUUUGUCAUUGAUCAAAGGCAUAUUUUACCUGACAGAUAAUCUACUGGACAUCUGAGACUUUUGAAAUGUUUUAUCAUAUUGAUGCGAUUUUUAGGCUGUAUAAAUGGAUGUUAUUGUCGUAGUGUUCCUGGAGGUAUUUUUGUCCAAUAUAGGUCCAUCAUUCCAAAUGCAGGUAUUACAGUUUAAAGGGAUACUUCGGGAUUUUGGCAAUGAGGCCCUUUCCCUACUUCUCCAGAGUCCGAUGAACUCGUGGAUACCAUUGUUAUGUCUCUGUGUGGAGUUUGAAUGAAGUUGCUAACUAGCGCUAGCGCAAUUGCUAACUAGUUUCGCGAGCCAAUGCUAUCUCGAACUUCCUUCAUACUGGACACAGAUAUACAAAUGGUAUCCACAAGUUCAUCUGACUCAGGGGAAGUCGAAAAAGGGCCUAAUUGCCAAAAUCCUGAAGUAUCCCUUUAAAUUCCACACUGCUGCUCUCUCACACCUAAGACCCUCUUAUGUACACCAACCACGCUCAGCAUCUUAGCUCUUUACUGAGAAACACCAUCACACACUGCGGUUCCUAACGCACAGCUACUCACCAAACACAUGCUGCUAAUGUAAGGCUGCUACACACACCGUUUCAUGCCUCUUGAAAAGUAGUUUUGUUUAUUUGUGAACUUUUCCUUGUUUACCGUGAGAAAGUAGAUGUUUCGUUCUUAGUCCAUGUUUUUGUUAGUGCGGUCAGUCCGUUUAGUUUUUCCGUUGUCGUAGUGCAUGAUUUCAUCGCAGCAUGCUAAGUGUGUGUGUUUCUGUUUUUUUAGACAUGACACAGGUGAAGGCAUGUAAGUGGUCAAUUUAUGUUUUCUUAGAACCUCCUGUAAGAUCAUUUUUUGAAUAUACCUUUUUCCUCCCCUGUUUGUGUUACUUUGUCUGGGUUCUCUCUUUCUCCCAGUUCAGGGAGUUUUCUUCUCCUUUCUUCCCCCCCUUAUGUCAGACAAGGUCUCAAGGAACACUGUAGAGAUGCCAACAUUGUGAGAAAAGUUAACUGGGAAUUGAUAAAUAUGCAUAUUACAUUGCAAAUACUUCAAAUGGAAUUAGCGUAGUUGGACAUGAGCGGAGUCUUAACCAUUUAAAUAUUUUUUUGUUUGCUCAACUGGUGGCUUCUUCUCACUUUCAAUUGAGUUUACUAACAUUUAGCUAAGCUAACAUCCCAAAGCACCACUAUUUCACUACAGUUACUCACUAGCCUAUGCUAACAGCUUAGCUAACUCAGCUCAGGGACUGGUUGGUGCUGAGUCCCUGCUCCAGAACCAAUUGGGUUUCUUCUUCCCUCUGCUUUUCCACACUUCAGUCACCACACUGUUGGGUCCUACCAUUCCUUUCAUGCAUAGCUCCUUGUAUGUACCAAUUCCCUGCAGAGAAAUGGGGGUGACAUUACUGUGCGGAUUGUUCCACUGUGUUGGUGAGGGAGGGGGUCGGUGACGGUGCGCUGUAGGACAGGUCUGACUGUGUGUGUGUGACCCUGCAGGAGCCCCCUGGCUCAGAUGGAGGAGGAGCGGAGGGAGCACGUGGCCAAGAUGAAGAAGAUGGAGAUGGAAAUGGAACAGGUGUUUGAGAUGAAGGUCAAGGAGAAGAUCCAGAAGCUGAAAGAUUCCGAGGCUGAGGUAACAUCAGUCACAUUGCCUUACUACACUACUGUCCUCUACCGUAUGGUUUGACUUCUUACUUCCUGAUGCAUAAACGCUGUGACUUUUCGGUGGGUGUUGAUGUGCUGUGAGUUGGGUGUGUUUAAUGGCUAGUUCUCGUGUGUGAAGUUCACUGCCCCUCUCUCUGAAGUGUUACAUUUUCAAAUGUACUCUUAUUAAACCAGGAUAGUCCUCUUAGUAACAAUUGUCACUGUUUUUCAGUGAGUCAUACAGUUGUGAGCAUGUCUUUCACAUUUUCUGACUCUCUCUUCUUCUGCAGCUCUCGAGGCGUCAUGAGCAGAUGAAGAAGAAUCUGGAGGCCCAGCACAAGGAGCUGGAGGAGAAGAGACGCCAGUUUGAGGAUGACCGGGCCAACUGGGAGACCAAUCAGCGCCUGGAGCAACAGAGAAUGGAUGCCUCCAGGUAACACUGUCUGUCACGCACCUGAUCUGUAGUGCUGACUUUGGUUGUUACUAAUGUAGCUCUAUUUGUCUGUUGGAUAGAGAAAAAAGCUAAACUGGACACAAAAUCAACGGUCUGUGCAGAAUGUAAUACCAGCGUGUCCCACUAGAUGUCACUGUUGUAUAAUCAUAUCUCAUCAAUAUAUUGCCUCAUGUAUUACAUUAUCUCCUCUACAGGACUCUGGAAAAGAACAAAAAGAAGGGGAAGAUAUUUUAG